UGUGGGCGUGGCGACGGCGCCGGUCAGAGCAGAGGCCGCGAGAGCGAGAGCAGUAAUUCCCGGAGAACGAGCGCAUGAAGAUGUACUUUACCGGAGUUUGUCCGGUAAUGUCAUGAGUGAAAACGUCUCGGAAACCAUCUGGUCUACGCCGCUCAGAUAAGACGAACACACCAAGAGGAUUUUUAAUGUUUUUGAAGACAAAGUAAACCUCGAGGAGCGUCUGUCUGGAUGAAAUUGACAGAAAGACGUUAGGAUCGAAUAUAAACAGAACAUCACAGCGGACAGGGGGAGCAGUGAAGCUAUAAUCUGAGUAUGGGCCCUGAGGAGCUGCCUGACCUUAUGGACACGAUGUCGAGCACUCCUCCUCCGUCUCCUCGUCCUGUUUGUUCCUCAUUCUCACCUCCUCACUGCUCUCCACCGGUCGUGACCUUACGCUCCCCUGCCACUCGUUACCUGACUCAGCUCGACCCCUGGAGGAGACACAGCUGGGAACCUGGAGCUGUGGCACAGGGAUAUCCACCCAAUGACACACGCAGUGUGAGUCUUGAAGAUCUGAACCCGGAUGAGAUGUCCUUAGUGCUAAACAGUGCAUGGAAGUCAAAAAGAGCCCGAGAAGCCCGCAGGUCUGUCACUCAAGCUUCCCUGACGUCACUUACUGAGGAGGAAGUUGGAGCAGAGCAUCAGGAACAUCAUCGAUCAGCGCUGGAGGAGCAGUCCAAUCAGAUGCAUGGCUGCAGUGUCUCCGCCCCCAGCCUGUGUAUGAUGCAGCUGAUGCCUAGAAGCUCCGCCCCUCGCCCACGCUCCUACUGCCAUGAGAGUGUUUCGUACCACCAGACUGGAGGAUCAUCUCACAGUAUAGACAGCGAGUUUGCUGCUCCGGGCUGGGACAUAGAUAGAGGGCAAAUAAAGGCUGAGGGGCAUGAAAACAAAGAGGAUGUCUCAGGAAAUCGCCUGGAGCGAACACUGAGCUUCCUGCGCAAGAUGACUGCUAAAAGCAAGAAUAAAGAGAAGGAGCGCAUGAGGGAGCGGGAGAGAGAAGCCAGAGAUCGAGAGGCGCGCUACAGUAAUGGCCACCUCUUCAACUCUCUCACCGUGUCUGGAACAACGCUCUGCUCGGCCUGCAACAAGAGCAUCACCGCUAAGGAGGCCCUCAGCUGCCCGAGUGAGUCACACACACACAUACAUAUACAUCACACUCAAAACCCAAAAAGUGCACCAGUAAUCCUGUCUGCCAAGUUUAAGCAAAUAAUGGAUUGCAGUUAA